AUGGACGUGCCGAUUCCCGCGUUCGUAGUCGACGUGGGAUCUCUCACCACGCGCGUCGGCUACGCCGGCGACGACUCUCCCUGGCAAAUGCUCCCCUCUUACGUCGGCGUCCCGACCGACGGGUCGUCCGCCUCGUCUCCAGGCGACGGCUUUCGUUUCCCUCUCUCCUUCAGCGAGAAGCGCACGGACCUCGCUGUGUCUCCCUGUCUCUAUCCGUCGUUCUCCUCUCUUCUCCCGACCUACAGUCUCCACGAAGACGUGUUCGAGCACAUUGUGCGGUCCGCCAUCUCGCGGUGCCUGCCUCCGCACGCCUCGUCGCCUGACUCGAACGUCGGCGAGGACUCCCUGGCGGACUGUCCGGUCUUGCUGUCGGAACCGAAUCUCCACUGCCGCGCGCUCCGCGAGAAGAUGGCUGCAAUUGCGUUCGAGAAGUUAGACGUGCCUGCGCUGUACAUCGCCCCGCGCGCACUGCUCGCCUGCUUCGCAGUCGGGCGCAGCGGAGGCUUGGUGGUGGACCUCGGCGCCGCGUCUCUCUCGAUCGCGCCCGUCGUCGACGGCUUCUGCCUGCAUCGAGAGGCGGGCGAGUGGCCGAUCGCCGGGGACUUCCUCGACCAGCUGCUCAGCUGCGUCUUGACCCGCCACAACCUUCCCGUGCUGCCGCUCUUCGCCACGCACAAAAAGCUCCCGGCCGCGCCUGCCCUGUCGCGCCUCGCGGGAUCGAGUGCGAGCGCGAACGGCUCCAGCGCCGCCUCGUUCGCCGCGCGCCGACGCGCCGUGCUCGACUGGAGCGGCGUGGAUCCGUCCUUCCUGCGUCUCAGCCAGGCCGCGGCGCUCCGCAGCAUGCGCGAGAGUUUCUGCCAAGUCUUCCUCGGCGAAGGCGGCGGCUUCGGAGGCGACGGCAGCUCCGAGAGUCUCCCGAACGGCGUGCACGGGGCAUCCCUCGGCGAGAAGACGCAAAAGUGCCCGAUGCGACCGCUCCAGCUCCCCGGGAAAGAGGCCGCGAAGACGGGACAGACGCCAGGGAGAGACAGCCGGGCCUUCCUUCCCUCGCGCUGGCUGACGAUGCUCGCGCCGUCCGGAGCCGCCGGCCGGGACCUCCCAGGCACCGCAGCCCUCCUCGGCGCGACGCAGCACGCCCUCGAACUCCCGGACGGAACGAGGCUUCGCGGCGACGAACUCGCAAACACUAUUCCGGAGGUGUUGUUUCAUCCCCAAGCCAUCCUGCAUCCGCUGGAAAACGAGCCGUGGAUGCAACCGGCCGUGAAGUCGUUUCGGGGCCUGACAGAGGAAAUCCACGAAGUCGCGAGUCGUGUGGAUGCAGAAGCGCGGAAAGAAAUUUUCAACGGAAUCGUUCUCGCGGGCGGCGGCGCUGCUACCCCAGGCCUUUACGAGCGCUUGAGCCGCGAGCUCGCCCGAGAGUCUUCCAUCACCAUGGGCAUGAAGUGGCGAUUGCUGGCCUUGCCGACGCUGUUUGAGCGGCGAGUGUCGACCUGGGUCGGCGGCAGUGUCCUAGCCUCGAUGGCUGCAUUCCAGUCCCUCUGGUGUAGCCGCGAGGAGUACGACGAGCAUGGCCCAUCCAUCGUCGAAAGGAAGUGCUACUGA